AUGAGAGCGACACUCGAGUUCAGUGCUUCCCUUCUGUGUGGACUCACCAGAAUGAUAAAGCCAGAACAAGGGGGCCACCGUUCGAAUGAGAGUGAUGUGAAUAUGAACAAUACAUAUCCCGCAAAACACCACAACAGAAUCGCUUGUCCUGACAUGCACAACAGCAAUAUAUCGAAAUUCCUCGGAGCCAAAUGGAAGUCAAUGAGUGCAGAAGCAAAACAACCGUACUAUGAAGAACAAACACGCCUGAGCAGAUUACACAUGGAAGAACACCCAGCCUAUCGUUAUCGACCCCGUCCAAAACGCACUUGUAUUGUGGACGGUCGAAAGUUGCGAAUAUCGGAAUACAAGGAGCUAUUAAGGGCGAGAGGUGAUAUAUCCCGACGCCAAUGGAUUGGACCAGCUAAUGUCAAGACGCAAAAUACUGCGGACGACACUCCUGGUGAGUCCGAAGCAUCAAACUUGACUACUGGCUUC